CUCACUGACUCAUAGCAGAUGUAAGCCGCAGCACUACAAAAUUUAAUAGCAAAAACAAUCGCAGUCUGGGAAGGGCUCUGGAAUUCCUUGCAUCAGCUUAAGAAGAUUUAACAACUUUGAGUUCUGUCCAGAGGGGAAAGGUAAACGUUUUAGGUACCUGUGAGGGAAGAAGAAAGAAUUUGAGAAACAGCUCUGCUCACUCUCCUCUGCCCCUUCUGGGUCUCCCUGCUGGGCAGUUACAGAAGCAGAGGAACAACAUUAGCUUCCAGAGAAUGAAGAUUUUGAUAGUGAUUGAUUUUGUCCUUGCAGCUAGCCUGACGGAUACUAUUGCGAGCUCUGAUCUACAGAACUGUUUUCGAGAGCAGAUACGACUUCAGGCCCAGGUGAGACUUCUGGAACAUCGUGUGAAACAGCAGCAGUUAAAAAUUAUACAGCUCUUAGAGAAGAAAGAGAUACAGUACAGUGACAGAGGAGAUGAAAACAGUGCCAUUGACUUGGGAGGAAAAAGACAGUAUUCAGAUUGUGCUGAAAUCUACAACGAUGGCCACAAGCAAAGUGGAUUUUAUAAGAUGAAACCUAUCCAGAGUCCCAAUGAAUUCCUGGCCUUCUGUGACAUGUCUGAAGGGGGUGGUUGGACUGUUUUUCAGAGACGUUCUGAUGGCAGCCAGAAUUUUGAUAGAGGCUGGACUGACUAUGAAGAAGGCUUUGGAAAUUUUGUUUUGACAAAUGGUGAAUAUUGGCUUGGAAAUAAAAAUCUUCAUUACUUGACCAGUCAAGGGAACUAUACUUUAAGAAUUGAUCUAACUGAUUUUGAAGGAGAACGGCGUUUUGCACAAUAUACAAGAUUUGGAGUUGCAGGUGAAGAGGAUUCUUACGAGAUGAGCUGUGGUGAAUAUUCUGGCACAGCUGGUGAUUCCCUGACAGGGGGGUUUCAUCCUGAAGUAAAAUGGUGGGCUGAUCAUCGAGGAAUGAAAUUCAGUACUCGAGACAGGGACAAUGACAACUAUGAAGGCAACUGUGCUGAAGAGGAAAAGGCUGGUUGGUGGUUUAACAGGUGUCACUCAGCCAACCUGAAUGGUUUGUACUAUAAAGGCCCCUAUACUGCAAAGACGGACAAUGGAAUUGUUUGGUACACUUGGCAUGGGUGGUGGUAUUCUCUGAAAUCUGUUGUAAUGAAGGUCAGACCAGCAGACUUCGAACCUAAUAUUGUUUAAGUAUUUUAUUAGGACGAUUUGUCCAGUUAAUCUUUUAGCAAAUCAAUCCAAACUAAAAUGGAUGGGCAGAUUUUUGCUUCUCAUAUAUGCUUAUAUAAAUCUGGAAUAAUUCCUCUGCAACCAAAAGUUUUAUGAGACAUAAAUCAGAAGAGAAUCUGGCCUAUGAAUUCAUAGAUACAAACACUACUGCUAAUAUGUCUAUGGGUUUGUUUGUUUUAAAAAAAAGGCAGAGUUUGCCUAGAAAUAUGGACAGCUUCAUAAACAUGGAGCAUUUUUGUCUUGGAACAAGUUGCACAGAGAGGUUGUGGAUGCUCCAUCCCUGGAGGUGUUCGAGGCCAGGCUGGAUGGGGCUUUGGGAAACCGGAUCUAGUGGGUGGCACCCCUGCCCAUGGCAGGGGGGUUGGAGUUAGAUGAUCUUUAAGAUCCUCUCCGACCCAAGCCAUUCUGUGAUUCUAUGAUUUUAUGAAAAGUACCUACAAAUCCUUACACUUUUUUAAUAGAAAAAUAUAUUGUCGCUGUCAUGUCUCAAAAAUUAAAAUGAAUUGUAUGUAUUGCACACAAAAAAUAUCUAAAUAGAACCUUGAGGCUGGUUUACUCAGUGGAUGUACUUUCUCUAGAAUGAACCAAGGCUUUAGAAGAAAUUUGUUGUCUGUAAAUUCCUCUGAUUUAUUUGUUGCAUGUGUUGUGUACAGAACAUAUAUAAAAAACAUAAAGAAUGAUGCAGGAAACUGGAGGAAGAGAAGGGAUGCUACAAGGCAAGAAUCAAAUGAAUUUCUAGAGAUUUCAUUUCAAUUAAAGAUUUUCAGACAGUCA